GAUGUGGACUAUGCCUACGGAAUAUCUGACAACUCCUUCCUGUGUCUUUCUCUUUCCCUCCUGCAGCCAUGUCUAAGAGAGGACGUGGUGGUUCGUCUGGAGCCAAGUUCCGCAUUUCACUGGGUUUACCAGUCGGAGCGGUCAUCAACUGUGCAGACAACACAGGUGCCAAGAAUCUUUACAUCAUCUCUGUGAAGGGCAUCAAAGGUCGUCUGAACCGUUUGCCUGCUGCUGGUGUUGGUGACAUGGUCAUGGCCACAGUGAAGAAAGGCAAGCCAGAACUCAGGAAGAAGGUCCAUCCUGCGGUGGUGAUACGGCAGCGGAAGUCGUAUCGGCGAAAAGAUGGCGUCUUUCUGUACUUUGAAGAUAAUGCAGGUGUCAUUGUGAACAAUAAAGGAGAAAUGAAAGGCUCAGCCAUCACCGGACCAGUUGCUAAAGAAUGUGCUGACCUGUGGCCCAGGAUUGCCUCCAAUGCUGGCAGCAUAGCCUGAGUCUUCUCCCUGUUUCCAAUAAAUAAAUAAAUCAA